GCUGUUAACCUUGAACAACUUCACGCUGCUCGUGGACCGAUCGAACAAGCUGAUGUGGAAGCCUUUUCCAAAAAGGCGGCAGCAGAACUUAGUGCGCUCAACGGUGGAUGCAGCACUGGUACUGCCGACUCCCUCGUGCAUGAUCCUCGUCUGCCACUUUUUGGAUUCACUCCAGAAAACAUCAACAUGCUUCUGCUACCCAUGUUUAGUAAUCAGAAAGAACCUCUAGGCUCUAUGGGUAACGAUGUACCUCUUGCGUGUCUUUCUGAGUACGAUCCGCUGGUCUAUGAAUACUUCAAACAACUCUUCGCCCAGGUCACAAAUCCACCAAUCGACCCAUUCCGUGAAAGAAUUGUCAUGUCGCUGUCUUGUCCAAUUGGUCCAGAAGCGAACGCGUUGGAGCCAAGUCCAAUUCAGGCCCACCGUCUUUGGUUGAACCAACCCAUUCUUUCCCUCUACGACAUGCUUCUUUUCCGUUCUCUCCAAAAUCCACCACACCCUACUUUCAAGCCGCCAACCAGCUCUCAAGUCUACGGUUGGCGUUCUCGCCUCCUUGAGGCCUCUUUUGUCCUCCGUCCAGAAACAACCAAGGCUGAUUUGGGCAACCUUCUCAAAGCAGCUCUUGAAAAACUCUGUUCUGACGCUGAACAAACUGUGAGGGAGGGUGUCAAUAUAAUCAUCAUCUCAGAUAGAAAGGUUAGUCCAUCAAUGGUACCAGUUCCUUCUCUACUUGCUGUCGGUGCUGUGCAUCAACACCUGCUGAAGGUAAAGCUGAGAAUGAAAGUCGGUUUGGUAGUAGAAUCUGGUGACGCUAGAGAAGUACAUCAUUUCUGUACUCUUCUGAGCUUCGGUGCUGAUGCCAUAUGUCCAUAUAUGGUCUUCGAGAUGAUCAGGCGUCUUCGUGAUGAAGGAAUGCUCACUCCUACUGGUGCUGAUCCAUCAAAAUCCAGUGAUGAAGCUUUCUUCAAGAACUACGUGACAGCCAUCGAAAACGGAAUUUUGAAGGUUAUGGCCAAGAUGGGUAUCUCCACACUGCAGUCCUAUAAAGCUGCUCAAAUCUUUGAGGCCGUGGGCUUGUCACAAGAUGUUGUGGAUAUGUGCUUCACUAAGACGGCCUCACGAAUUUCUGGUUCUGGAUUUGCUAUUCUUGCCUCUGAAAUGUGCUCUCGUCAUUCGAGAGCCUUCGGGUUGGUUCAUACUGCUAAUGGCACAAUGGUUGAUCCCCAACUGGAAUGCACUUAUUCUGCGAGCGGUGAAGAAAAAUGCGCUCCGGGUGUCGGCUUAUACGCAAGAAAUCCUGGCUUUUAUCACUGGAGACAGGGUGGUGAACGCCAUAUGAACGAACCUGCUACUAUCGCUAAGCUUCAGGCGAUUAUACUGGACGCAGCUCGUAAAAAUAGUGUUGACGCUUUCCGUCAAUUUACAAAGAGCGCCGAUGAGCAAGCUCGCUACUGCACUCUUCGAGGUCAGCUAGAGUUCAACUAUGCUGAAGAACCCAUUUCUCUCGACCUAGUUGAACCAGCAAGUGAAAUUGUCAAAAAGUUUGCCACAGGUGCCAUGAGCUUGGGUUCAAUCUCUGCGGAGACCCACAGUACAAUCGCCCGAGCAAUGAACACAAUUGGUGCUCGUUCAAACACAGGAGAGGGAGGUGAACUUCCGGAACGCUAUAUGGAUCCUACCAUCAGUUCCUCCAUAAAACAGGUUGCGUCGGCUCGUUUCGGUGUAAAUAGUUCCUACUUAGCUCAUGCCGAUAUGCUCCAAAUCAAGAUGGCUCAAGGCGCCAAGCCUGGUGAAGGUGGUGAGUUGCCUGGUUUCAAGGUUACGGCGGAGAUUGCUCGUCUUAGGCACUCUGUUCCGGGUGUUGGUCUCAUCUCUCCACCACCUCACCAUGAUAUCUACUCAAUUGAAGAUCUCGCUCAGUUGAUCUAUGACUUGAAAGCUGCUAAUCCAGUGGCAGUCGUCAGUGUCAAGCUGGUUUCAGAAGUCGGCGUUGGCGUUAUUGCUUCGGGUGUCGCAAAGGCUCAUGCUGCUCAUAUCAUCGUGUCUGGCCAUGACGGUGGAACAGGUGCCAGUUCCUGGACUGGUAUCAAGAAUGCUGGUUUGCCGUGGGAACUGGGUAUUGCUGAGACUCAUCAGGUCCUAGUGAACAACCAUACUCGAUCGAAGGUUGUGCUUCAAGCUGAUGGUCAAAUUCGUACAGCUCGAGAUGUAGUCAUUGCUGCUAUCCUUGGAGCCGAUGAAUUCGCCAUGUCUACAGCACCACUGAUCGCAUUGGGUUGCACAAUGAUGAGAAAAUGCCAUCUCAACACCUGCCCUGUGGGUAUCUGCACACAAGAUCCAGUACUUCGCAAGAAAUUCGCUGGUCAUCCCGAACAUCUUAUUAACUUCCUCUUCCUUCUUGCUGAAGAUAUUCGCAAGAUUUUGGCCAAGUUGGGUUGCACCAGACUCAAUGACAUUACUGGACGCACUGAACUCCUCAGACAACGAAGUGAUCACACCAAUGAAAAGACAGCUCUGCUAGAUCUUUCCCCACUCCUCGCAAUGCCCGUUUCAGCCUUCAAGGACCUUAUUUUCGAUCAACGUCCACCAGGUCUCCUCGUAUGGGACUCAAUGGCCUCUAUGGAUCUAAUUGAGGCUCCCAUUCAUGCCGGUUUUGGUGCUAUUUCUAUGGAGGCUUCACCAACAUUCCGUUUGGCCCGUUCCCUUCCUCCAGACAGGCAUUGGGACAGACGUCUCCUCAUUGCUUCCAUCGGUCUCAUUGAGACACCAGUUGGACCAGACGGCAAGGAUGCUGAUGUCAUGCCAGUCGUUCGUAUCUCUGGUACUAUCACCAAUGAGGAUCGAGCAUUCGGUUCUUCGCUCAGUUAUGCAAUUUCGAAGAGAUUCCAAGAAGGGGGAUUGCCGAGGACCCGUAGACUUGAAGUCAAUCUGCGAGGUCAUGCAGGUCAAUCCUUCUGCGCCUUCUUGGCACCAGGAGUAUAUGUAAUGCUGACUGGUGAUGCUAACGACUACGUUGGCAAAGGUCUCUCGGGUGGUAAAGUGACGAUUGUUCCAGCGGGACGUCUGCUCACCGAGAAUUUCCGCUCUGAAGAUCAUAUUAUUGUUGGCAAUGCCUGUCUUUAUGGUGCUAUCGAAGGCCGGGUCUUCAUUCGUGGUCAGGCUGCCGAAAGAUUCUGUGUGAGAAAUUCUGGAGCUACCGUCGUGGCUGAAGGCGAGUUGAAGUUGACACCAUUUACGAAUGCUUCUGUCAAUGAGUUGAAAGGAGGAACCGAAAUACUGACUGCUUUUAAGCAAUAUAUAGAUGAUCGAUGUGGUGAUCACGGUUGCGAGUACAUGACCGGAGGUCGUGUGAUUCUUCUCGGUCGUUGCGGUCGAAACUUUGCUGCGGGUAUGUCUGGUGGUUUGGCCUUUGUUUACGACGUCGAUCAUGUUCUCAAAACUCGAUGUAAUACUCAGAGUGUUACCCUGGUCGACAUGGAUAGUGAUAACGAGUAUGCCAGUUGGCUUGCCACUACCAUCAAGACAUUCUUUGAUGAAACUGGAUCUAAGAUCGCGUUGCAGGUUGUCAAACAUUGGGAUACAGAAGUCAAAAACUUCGUUCUCGUCUUCCCGAACGACUACCGCAGAGCACUGCAGGAAUUGGCUGCAGGAGAAAAGAAGGAAACUAGCACCACAGUAGAGCCAAACAAAUCCUGCAAAGUUGUCCCUCCUGAUGAUGAAGAUGCUGUAGCAGCAGCUGCCGUGAGAGCUGUUGGGGAUGUCAUCAGGAGUGGUGAUAUCGAGGAUGCACUUCCGAAUGGUGAGGUUAUUGUGGAGAAGCCGGACAAGAUUCGUGGAUUCGUUAAGUACCCACGUACAAAGGUCAAGUAUCGUAAAGUAGAUGUUCGUUUGAAUGAUUGGUCAGAGGUGUACUCUCAUCAAAAUGUUCGCAAAACUCUAAAGACUCAAUCUGCUCGUUGUAUGGACUGCGGUGUUCCAUUCUGUCAAUCUGAAUUUGGAUGUCCUCUGGGUAAUCUUAUUCCUAACUGGAAUGAUCUAAUACAUAAGGACAAAUGGGUGGCUGCAUAUGAGGCAAUGGCACAGACAAACAAUUUCCCUGAGUUCACUGGCCGCGUUUGCCCUGCACCAUGUGAGGGCGCUUGUGUGUUGGGAAUCAUUGAACCCGCGGUAACUAUCAAGAACAUUGAGUGCGCAAUCGGUGAAGUGGGCUGGGAGAAAGGUCUCAAUAUACCUCGACCAGUGCCCAACAAUAAGCUGACCGGGAAGCGUGUCGUCAUUGUUGGAUCUGGGCCUGCUGGUCUUGCCUGUGCUGCUCAACUCGUUAAGGUCAGUUCAUUCAACAUUUCAUAA